AUGCAGAUGCCAAACCAAUUGUCUGGCUAUUUGGACGUGUGCUCCUCGUGUCCUCUCUCCUCCAAGCUCCCCCCUACCUUUUCUCUCUCCCCGUUCCCCCAUCCCCACCCCACACCUGUGGCGGCGCUGCUGCAGCUGCAGGCAGCGCUGCAGUCGACGGCCCCUGGGGUGCUGUCGACGUGGGGAGGGGAGGGGAGCCCGUGUGAGAAGGCCUGGACCACUGACAUCCGCUGCGAUCCCGUCACUCGCCGCGUGGUGCACCUGGAUCUCAAGCGGGCGGGCCUCGUUGGGAACAUCCCCACCUUUGAGCUCUCUGAGUUCGAUGCUCUCACAUACCUCGACCUGGCAGCCAACAACUUCUCUGCAUUCAACGGCCAGGCGUUCAUAGUGCAGAUGACUAAGGAGGACCUGGCAGCCAACAACUUCUCCGCAUUCAACGGCCAGGCGUUCAUCGUGCAGAUGACUAAGGAGGACCUGGCAGCCAACAACUUCUCCGCAUUCAACGGCCAGGCGUUCAUCGUGCAGAUGACCAGCCUGCAGCACCUGUACGUGCCAUGCUCCCUCGACCCACCAUGCUGUAGUGUAUGUUACAUCUCGCCGCGAUCACCUUCAGCUCAUAACUUCUUUCUCUUCCACGGUCCAUCCAGGUCCCUUGCAAAGAACAACAUGAAGUGGUUCCCCACGGAUGUCGACAUGCUCACCAGCCUCACCUUCCUCGAUCUGAGCAACAACAAGUUUGAUGGUCAGAUCCCCGACGACAUCUUCCAGCUGCGCAACCUCGAAAUCCCCGACGACAUCUUCCAGCUGCGCGACCUCGAAGUGCUAUCCGUGGAGAACAAUCUGCUCUCAUGGAGUGUACCUUUUGAGACGUCUCAAAAGUCCUCCCUCCGUUGCCCUAUUUGCUCCCUCCUCCUUGUUCUUUCUCAAUGGCCCCACCCGCGUGACGGACCUGAGCUCCAACAAGAACCUCACCGGCCCUAUCCCCAGCUUCCUGGGCGAGCUCGGGACCUGAGCUCCAACAAGAACCUCACCGGGCCGGACCUGAGCUCCAACAAGAACCUCACCGGCCCUAUCCCCAGCUUCCUGGGCGAGCUCGGUCUGCUGCAGUCACUCUCUCUGGACGACUGCGACUUCACCGGUGGGCUCCUCGAGUCCCUCGCUCGCCUCCCCUACCUCACAGAGCUUUUCCUCGAGCACAACCGCUUCGAGGGAACCAUUCCCGAGGCGUACGGGCACUUCCCUCGCAUCGUGUCGCUCUACCUCAGCAACAACCGCCUCACAGGGGAGAUUCCCGAGAGCAUGUGCGGGCUGGAAACGGCGGAGCUGCUGGUGCUGGAGAGGAACGAGCUCACUGGGCCCACCAUAUGUGGGUUGGCUUUUGGGAUGUCUCAAAAUGCACUUCACCUGAGCAACAACCACCUCACGGGGGAGAUUCCUGGGAGCAUGUGUGGGCUGGAGACUGCAGAGCUGCUGGUGCUGGAGAGAGAGGAACGAGGUCACUGGGCCCGUGCCCCCGUGGAUGCUGCAGCUGCAGGGGCUGCUCAUUCUGGGCGUGUCAGAGAACUACCUAACGGGCACACUUCCCAGCGUCCCUCCCAGCAGUUAGUGUGCAAGACACAGGCGGGAAUCGUGGUCCCAAACCCCUCUCUCCCAUCCCAACCCCUCUCUCCCAUCCCAACCCCUCUCUCCCAUCCCACCAACCCCUCUCUCCCAUCCCAACCCCUCUCUCCCAUCCCACCAACCCCUCUCUCCCAUCCCAACCCCUCUCUCUCUAACCCUUUUCUCUCUCCCAAACCCCCCCACAUGAACAACUGCUUUGAUAACGUGGCCGACAACUCCCCGUCCUGCCCGGUAGCAGCACCGGGUGGGGGGGAGGAGCAGAUAGGCGCCCCCCUGGACCAGCAAGGAGGCGCCCCCCCCGACCAGCAAGUCGGAAAUCCCCUCACCCAGCAGCCAGGGGGGGAUGUUAACCAGCAAGUGGGGGUCCCCAUAGACCGGGAAGGAGGCGGGUCUGUGAGCCAGAACGUGGGACUUCCCCAGCAGCGGACUGGGGGUGGGAGCAUCGAGCAGCAGGUGCCAGGAGGUGUUCCUGUGCCUGGCGUCAACACCCCGCCCUGCCCUGACAUGGGCCCACUGGUGGCGCUGCAGGCAGCUCUGCGAAUGGACUCCCCAGACGCCCUGCAGACGUGGGACCAGGGGUCGGACCCCUGUGACGGCACGUGGGAGACUGAGGUCAUCUGCGACCCUAUGACUGGCCACGUCAUCCGCCUUGAUCUCCGUCGGGCCAACCUGUCAGGAGCCAUCCCUGCAGCAGAGCUGGCACAGCUGAACCGACUCACAUACCUAGAUCUUGGCGGUAACGAGUUCUCGUCCUUCAUUCAGCAGGACUUUCUGGAGAGACUCACACGCCUGGAGCACCUACAAUCAGCUGCAAUGGUUCCCAACCUUCAUCAAUGCUAUCACCAGGCUGAUAUCGCUGCUCUCCUUCUAUUCUACAUGUCACCCCCCAACCUGCCCCUCCAUUUCCCCCUCUUCCCCGUUCACCUGCUUCUCUCUCCCCUCUUCAGCUCCCUGGCAGAGAAUCAGCUGCAGUGGUUCCCAACCUUCAUCAAUGCUCUCACCAGGCUGACAUCGCUGCUCUCCUUCCCCCCUAUUCCGGACUUCCCAACCUCCCCUUUCCCCCUCUUCCCCCUUCGCCUCCUCCACUCCUCCCCUCCAGUUCCCUGGCAGACAAUCAGCUGCAGUGCAAGCUGGAGGAGAAUCACUUCUCUGGCAGCGUUCCUGAUACCAUCACCACCCACCCAUGCACCUAACACCCCUUGCUUCUCCAUUCCACUACCUCUCCCCCGCCUCUCGUACACAGCAAGCUGGAGGAGAAUCACUUCUCUGGCAGCGUUCCUGAUGCCAUCACUGCCCUCAGCAAGCUCAGAUCCAUGUCACACCCUCGCCAACAACAACUUCACGGGCCUUCUGCCUGAGUCGUUUGCACAGCUCACGUCCCUGCAGGCCAUUUUUGAGGCGUCUCAAGGCCCCCACUCCCCACUCUCAAAACUCGCAUUAACUGUUCUCCAUGCCCUUCUCCUCUUUCUUUCCCUCCCCCUUCCUCCCCCACACCCUCGCCUUCAGCAACCUUGCAGGCAAUCAGUUUGCCGGCCCUCUACCUGCGAGCUAUGCUGCAAGGUGGCCACGAACGCUCUCGAGGGGGGCAUUCCGGAUUGGCUGGGCUCCUGGCCUCGACUCAACCACCUGUCGCUGUUCCACAACAGGUUCACGGGACCCAUCCCCGACUCUCUUGGCAACGCCAAGAACCUCGCUACCCUGGUGCUGGACGAGAAUCGUUUGACCGGGUCCCUGCCGGACACCCUCAGUGCGCUCACCAACCUGGAGGCAUUACACACAUACGCAGAACCAAGCUCCCCUCACUUGCCACUUGCCGCCAACUCUCUCGCUCGCCACCUUCCCGCUUCCCCACGUCCUGCCUUCGGUCUCUCUGCCGUUGUCCCUUCUCGGCCCCCUUGCUCCUCCUCCCACACCUUUCUCUGUUUCCUCUCCGCCCUCUCCUCUUAUUCUUGCUCCUGUAGCUAUGCUGUGGGCAAUCAACUUGAAGGCACCAUUCCGGAUUCCUACUCCAGCCUGCAGAAGCUGAGAUACAUGUGCUCGACUCAAAAGUCUCCCCUGCAUCGUGUUCCUCUGCUCUGUGCUGAGGUGACUUUGAGUCGACUCAAAAGUCUCCCCUGCAUCGUGUUCCUCUGCUCUGUGCUGAGCGAUCUGAGCUUCAACACCAAGAUCACCGGCGCCCUGCCCGAGUUCCUCAGCGGCAUUCAGUCUCUCGAGUCAAUUGCUUUCGAGGAGUGCGAUUUCACAGGAUCCCUCCCUGUGGGGUAUGCCAAGCUACCCUCACUCACAGAGCUUUACCUCGACCGCAACAACCUGGAAGGUUCCAUCCCGGGCCUGUACGGCGACAUGCCGAACCUGGCCACGCUCUACCUCAGCAGCAACCGGCUGUCGGGGGAGAUUCCUGGAAGCUUCUGCCGGCUGGGGAAGGCCAAGACGAUUGUGCUGGCACGGAACGAGCUGAGGGGGGGCAUUCCGGAUUGCAUCAUCAGCAACCUCAAGGAGCUGCGCCUGCUGGACGUCUCUGACAACUACCUCACCGGCCCUGUGCCUGCUGUCCCAGCGGGCGGCCCUCUGCAGUUUGACUUCUCCAGCAACUGCCUGGAGACAUCAGAGGGCACGCAGAGGAACCCCUGCCCCUCCUCGCCCGUCGCCCCCACCCAGCCUCCUCCGGACGAAGCAGCUCCCAGGCAGCCGGGAGGGACAGAGCCCUCUCCUGCCGAGACCACUGUUGACCCCUCCGCCUCCUCCGCCCUGCCCUCGCCUGACAGGCCCUACGCUGCCGAUACCAUCAUGUGUGGCAAUCGCACCCCUUUCUUCCCUUCCAUUCCCACCUUCGCCCCGCUGUUAUUGAAGAAGUGUUUUGAGACGUCUCAAGACACUUCUUCAUACAUGCACCCCUUUCUUCCCUUCCGUUCCCACCUUCGCCUCACUGUUGCGCUGAUGGAGAAGCUUGCAGGGCUGAGGGCAGGAGCAGGGACAGAUGUGCUUCUCUCUCUCAUGCUCUCCUCCGCCCCUUCGCCUUUUCUAUCCCACCACCCAGCUGUUGCGCUGAUGGAAAAGCUGGCAGGGCUGAUGGCAGCAGCAGGGACGGACGUGUUGCCUCUUAGCUUCCCUCCCUUUUCUCCCCUCCAUUCCCACCUUCGCCCCGCUGUUGCGCUGAUGGAGAUGCUGGCGGGGCUGAGCUGA